AUGAAACUUCAACAAGCUUAUGAGACAAAGGAAGAAGUAACCUUACGGGAAAAUGUGAAUUUAAUAUUAACUAUGACGCGUCAUGACGUAAGACAGCAAAGAUAUUAAAAAAUAAAGUACACCCUAUAAAAUAAAAUUCACAAAACUUUUGUAUUGACUCCCCUUUCAAUUACGGUAAAAAUAGUUUUUUUUUAUUUUCUGACCCAAAUACGCUCAUCUCAAUUCAUUUGUCAUUCAGAGAUUCUGCAGGACGGUCAUAUUCUCUCUCUCUGUGAUGAGUUUUAAUGGGGCACAGUCGCCUGGUACCAAAGCGUCUGUUUUCUAUUAUCUAAUCAACACUAUCAUCUUUACUAUUUUUAGGGUAAGAGGUUCUACAGCAAACCUAAAAAUUGACAUAAAAUUGCCUCCGGGUGUCAGCAUAGGAUACGAUCCAUUCGAGAAUCCAAACGAGGAAUUCCUUCCCAUCGACGACUCCUUCAAUCAGGUUGUGCAUCCAGUGGACAAGAAUGGUCACAUCAUCUUCAGACCGACCAAUCCGUCGUUCGAGAAGGUUCCCACCGGCUCGGCCAUUGAUCCAGGCGAAGAAGGAGAGCCCCAGAUCGACGGGAAUGACCCCAUUCAACUCGAGGAACAUGUCAAAAUCAUGGAUGUGGGAGAGAACGGGAUUAACGAAAAGGAUUACAAUCAUGGGUGAGCACGACAAUAUAAAACAUUCCCUUACAGACUUAUCCCUCGAGAAGACAUCAAUCUGAUGCUGAAGGAGCCUGGAGACUUCCUUCUUCGUGUCACUUCCAUCUCUGACAAUGGAAAUCGUCAAGUUAGUAUGACAAGACAAUCGUCAAAUGUGAAUUUAGAUGUGUCUGUCAGUGAUGGGAGGUAGACAACAUGUGGAACACUUCCUCAUUCAUUCCAACGAAGGAAAGUUCAGGUUAACCAAGGACCUCUCGUUCCCAAGUAUAAUCAGCCUCGUCAACCAUUAUCUCCUGAAGAAAAUCCCAUUUGGGAACCCACCGGUCAUCCUCAACAAGCCCGUUUGUCGUCAGGACUGGGAGUUCAGUCCAGACCAAGUCGUGUGCAUUAAGCCGAUCGGUAAUGGAGCCUUUGGUCAAGUAUAUUUUGGAAAAAUUAAACCCAGAAAUGGAGAAAACGAACUUGAGGUGGCCGUCAAGACUGUAAGUAGUGAUUUCAACAACUGUAGAGUCUCCAUUUUCAGAUGAAAUUUACUCUAAUGACAAAAGACAAGAUCGAGGAGAUCAUGAAUGAGGCCAGACUGAUGAGGAUGCUGAGACAUGAAAACAUUGUCAGAUGCUACGGAGUCUCUGCUGACCACGAACCCUUGAUGAUCCUCAUGGAAUUCGUUCAAGGAGGAGCUCUGGACAGUUACCUUAAAGCGAGAAACAUUGGAAUCACUAUUGAUGACCGAAUUCAGAUGGCAUACGAUGCAGCCCGAGGCUUAAAUCACAUUCAUCGUCAUGGUAUUUUACACAGGUAUAAACUGACUGCUGGGUAUAGUCUCCUUUAGAGAUAUCGCUGCUCGGAACUGUCUAUAUGGCAAUAAAAUUUUGAAGAUCAGUGACUUCGGUCUCUCUCGACGAGCGGUGACUCUGAAGGUUGACCCAGGAGAGAAAGCUCCGUUAAGAUCAUUGGCCCCAGAAGUGUUUGUUUCACAAAUCUUUACAACUGCUGCCGAUGUCUGGGCCUAUGGAGUCCUGCUUUGGGAAAUAUUUAACAAUGGCGCUGAUCCAUAUCCAGGAUGGAUGGGAACUCAGAUCAGACAGGAGGUAAUGUUAUUUUAGUAAAUGUUACAGUAUUCGUCAUACAAUUACAGGUCAUAAAAAAGGGAUCUACCUUGGCAAUGCCCGACUGGGCACCAUCUUUUGUGAAAGAUAUUCUCGCGAAGACGCUCGAUACCAAUCCCGCGAAAAGAAUGAAAAUCCAUGAUGUAAUUGUAACAAUUGAAAAUGCUAAAAAGUAAGUUACGGAAUUGAAACUUAGGAUAUGAUAUCUGUACAGGAUGGGCCACUCGAAACCUCUUCUUGUUUUGGGUAAUUUUUUCCAUAAAUUUUGUGAGUUUCGUGCGGCCUACGGACUGUAAAAAAUAGAAACCAUUGAGCCAAUCGAACCAGAAGGUAUAUCCGGGCCGAAAUUAUGAGGCUGUCCGCGUUUGCAACGAUUCGCUUAAGCUUUGUCAAGGCUCCACGGGAUUCUACUAACAAGGGAAGUACUUGAAGUGUGACGCUCAGAUUUUGAUGAAACUUGGCACAAAUUUAGAAUAAUUUUUUCUAAGAUAUAUGCGGGAAUCCUAGCUCGCGCUUUGCAGAAACAACCGAGAUUUUUAGAUCGAAAGUCGGCGAAAUUUUAGGACUUUUUGCCGAAUUUCGGCACGAAAAGUUUCAUGCCUAUUUCAACUGUAAAGGAUAAUGUUUCUACAAAAAAUCAAAUUUUUCCGCACGAAACUGCCAAAGUUAUGGCCAAAAAACGGUUUUCUCUCUGACCGCUCUCCACGUUGAGCGUGCUCUCUCGGCGGCAAAGAUCGUUCGAUAUCUCGGCGGCGCCCGCAAAGCGCGAGCUAAAACUUUCAGGAAUUGAUAUUUAGUCCAUACCCGAUGUGCGUGCAAAAUUUAAAAAAAAUCUGAGCGUCACACUUGAAGUACUUCCCCUGUAAGAUUAUGACAUGUAGGGCCUGGGGGUAAAAAAAUCUUGUGGACAAAACAGGGUCCGAUCUAUACUCCCGAAAACGCAAUCACUUUGAAACUUGGCAUGUAUACUAGUCAUGACAGGCAGAAUCUGCCACAUAGAAAUACUUUUCGUGUCUCUGUCCUUAGGCGAGCUAUGCAGAUUUCCCAAAAAUUGGUGGACACAACUUUCUGACCACCUACAAUAAGUAAAGUUUUCUCGGUCACUUUGAGUAAACGGCAUCGUUCAGUUAUCUUAAAACACUAUUUAGGGACCUAUAAGGACGGUGAGUAUACUUUUUACCACCAAAUUCGGCGUGUGCCCUCAAGCAACUCGUAUUCUCGCAGCGCUCUUUUUCUCGUUAAAAUCACGCCCAAAGCGGCAACGACGACCUUUUUGUUUUAGAAAAAGUAAUAAGGGACUCAUCGGAGUUAGUGAUGAAAGAUCGUACUACCCUGCGAUUCCGACGUCGCGGGAAUUUGGGUAUAUGCCCCGUCCGAACCCUACUUAUUAACAACCCCAAUGUGUAAUUAAUCGUUUUUCUUACAUUAAUUUCGUUUCAGAAAAAAAAUUUAUCAAAUCAAAAAUAAACGAAAACCGAAGAAUCCAAGGGGUGGUCUAUCAGCCGAAAAGAUGAACCCGAAAACCAAAGGAGGACCAAAAUCGGAAAAUAUGUUGGACAUCAGGACAAAGACAUCCGGAAGAAAUUAUAGGAAGACCAAAGGUCCCAGUAUGUGGAAGAAGGUGGCCAAUGGAAAGGACACGCCUUCGAAAUGUAAACCAGUCCGACCUCCAAAGCUGAGCAAAGAAAGACCGAGCAAAGAAAGACUGAGCAAAGAAAGACUGAGCAAAGAAAGGCAUAGCCCUUAA